GAGGGUCCCCCCCCUUCCUGGAGGCCUGGCCAGGGAAGUAGAAGGGGGUGGCACGGGAGGCCCUUCAAACUCCAGGCCUGGUUCUUAAAGGGCCGGACUCCCCGCCCACCCGCUGGCCGCCAGAGCCCCCUCCAGGGCAGCUCUGGGCACGCAGGGUCCCGCCUGGCGCCCCGGGCCGCUUGCUCACCUGGGCAAGUGGGAGGCGGCCUGGGAGCGCGGCCAGGCCUGUAGCGCGCUGUGCAGCGGGGCUGUGGGUGCGCGGGUCCCGCCGCCACACCGGAGACCCCGCGGCCCGCCUCCCUCCUCCCGCCCAGCGGGCGGGUCCAGCUGUGUUCCAUUAGGGCCUGGCAGGUCCCCAGGCCCCUGGAGCCGCCCCCUCAUCCCCCACCGGCGCGGCGUGGCCGGCAGUCCCCGCAGGCAGGCGCGCGCAACAGCGCAGGGCAGCAUUCAGCCCUAAGAUCUCCGGGACAGGGGCAAGCUGGGGACCCCGUGGCUGGCGGGGAGUGACCGAGGACCCUCCCCAGCGGGCCUGAGGAAGUCAGGCCCCCUCCUCCUGAUUGGCUGUGCUGGACUGCCCGGAUUACUCAGUGAAGUAGGGGGACCCCAGCCAGCUCGGGUGCUGCGGCUGGGGCCUUCCUCUGAGGGCCAUGAUGUGGGCAUCUUGGGCUCCUAGCUUGUGGCUCCUCGGGCUCUGGGCCACCUACAGCCAUGGGACAGAUCCAGGUGAAAAGUGCCCUUCAUCUCAGCAAGAAGGACUCAGGUUGGAACACAGAAGUGACUUAACCAACGUGACUGGCUUCAACCUCAUCCGUCGACUCAGUCUCCUGAAGACAUCUGCCAUCAAGAAGAUUCGAAACCCCAAUGGGCCUCUCAUCCUGCGCCUGGGGUCAGCCCAGCUCACCCAGCCCACAAGACGCGUGUUCCCCCGGGGUCUGCCCCAGGAGUUCACCCUGGUCUUGACGCUGCUGCUCAAGAAACACACCCACCAGAAGACCUGGUAUUUGUUCCAAGUGACGGAUGCGGAGGGGUACCCACAGAUUUCCCUGGACAUCAACAGCCAAGAGCAGAGCCUGGAGUUCCGCGCCCUGGGCCGAGACGGCGACUUUGUGUCCUGCACCUUCCCGGCCCCUCAGCUCUUCGACCUGCGCUGGCACAAACUCAUGCUGAGCGUGGCUGACCGGGUGGCCUCCAUGCACCUGGACUGCACCACAGCCUCCUCCCAGCCACUGGGUCCCCGGCGCCCCGUGAGGCUGGGGGGUCACGUCUUUCUGGGCUUAGAUGCUGAGCAGGGAAAGCCCGUCUCGUUCGACCUGCAGCAGGCUCAUCUCUACUGCGACCCGGAGCUUGUGCUGGAGGAGGGCUGCUGCGAGAUCCUGCCCGAAGGGUGCCCCCCAGAGACCUCCAAGGCCCGCCGAGAUACCCAGAACAACGAACUCAUAGAGAUCAACCCACAGACCGAGGGCAAGGUCUACACUCGCUGCUUCUGCCUUGAGGAGCCUCAAAGAAGCAAGGUGGACACACAGCUGGCGAGCAGGAUCAGCCAGAAGGCAGAAUGGGGGACGAAGGCCCAGCAGGAGGCAGCGGCCAGUGAGUGCCCACCCUGUGUGCUGGGUGCCCGGGAGAGCAAUGUCACAGUUGGUCCCUCUGGCCCGAAGGGCGGGAAAGGUGAGAGGGGCCUACCAGGCCCCUCAGGCCUCAAGGGAGAGAAGGGAGCCCGGGGCAGUGACUGUGUUCGAACUUCCCUGGAUGCGCCACUCCAGUGCGCAGAAGGUCCCAAGGGAGAGAAGGGGCAGGUGGGAGCAAUGGGCCCCUCCGGACUCCCGGGCUCCACGGGUCAGAAGGGCCAGAAAGGCGAGAUGGGGGCCGGCGGCAUCAAAGGCUCACCCGGAAAGCCAGGCCGAGAUGGCCGGCCAGGAGAGAUCUGCAUCAUGGGGCCCAAGGGGCAGAAGGGAGACCCCGGCUUUCUUGGGCCUGAGGGGCUGGCAGGAGAGCCUGGCCCCCCCGGCCUCCCUGGGCCCCCUGGAAUAGGACUUCCUGGGACCCCGGGGGACCCUGGUGGCCCUCCCGGCCCCAAAGGAGACAAGGGCAGCUCCGGGACACCGGGAAAGGAAGGGCCUGGUGGGAAGCCUGGGAAGCCAGGGGUGCCCGGGCUGAAGGGGGAGAAGGGGGACCCCUGCGAGGUGUGCCCCACGCUGCCUGAAGGGUUCCAGAACUUCGUGGGGCUUCCCGGAAAGCCUGGGCCCAAGGGGGAACCAGGCGAUCCUGCACCAGCCGGGGAGAGCCUUGGAGCUGUUGGUCGAAAGGGAGAUCGGGGAGACCCCGGCAUCCAGGGCCUCAAAGGAGAGAAGGGGGAACCUUGCUUGUCCUGUGUCCCAGCGCUGGAGGCCCAUGGGCUGCUCACAGGGCUUAAGGAAGGAGCGGGGUCCCCUGGCCCGGGUCUGCCCGGCCUUCCGGGAAAAGUUGGGGCUCCAGGGCCAACGGGGCUGAAAGGAGAGAAGGGUAAUUUCGGGGUGGCAGGACCCGCAGGCAGUCCGGGACCACCAGGGCCAGUGGGACCAGCUGGCACCAAAGGAGAGAAGGGGGAGUCAUGCACACCCUGCCAGGGCCUGCCUGGGUCUCUGGCUGAGGACAGACUGGUGGCGGCGACACUGCCUGGCCCUCCUGGGGAGAAGGGGGAGACUGGGCCCCCAGGCUUCGGACUGCCAGGGAAGCAGGGCAAGGCCGGAGAGCCUGGACUGAAGGGGCAGAAGGGUGACACUGGGAGUCCUGGAGAUCCGGGGACACCUGGAACUGCAGGGCAGCCGGGACUGUCGGGAGAGCGAGGGGUGCGCGGCCCCAUGGGCCCCAAAGGAGAGAAGGGUGAGGGCUGCACCGCCUGCUCCAGCCAGCAGGGGGCAGUGACAGACUUGGCGGGACUUCCUGGGAAACCUGGUCCCAGAGGGGAGCCCGGGCCAGAGGGUGUGGGCAGACCUGGUAAACCGGGCCAGCCCGGUCUACCAGGCAUUCAAGGGCCCCCUGGACUGAAGGGCAUGCAGGGAGAGCCUGGACCUCCAGGGAGGGGAGUCCAGGGGCCUGAGGGGGAGCCUGGAGCCCAGGGAUUGCCUGGCGUGCAGGGAUUUCCAGGACCUCGAGGACCCCCCGGCCCCACUGGUGACAAGGGUGCCAAGGGAUCUCCCGGAGCAGAUGGAGCCCCGGGCCCCGUGGGACCUCCAGGUGCUGGUGUCCGAGGACCCCCAGGUCCUGCCGGGCCGCAAGGACAGACUGGACUUGCCGGAGCCCGGGGGGUGCCGGGUGAAAAGGGAUCCCGGGGAGAGAAGGGUGACCCGGGGGAGUGCUCCUGCCCCUCCCGAGGAGAUCACCUCUUCUCGGGCAUGCCGGGUGCUCCGGGACUUUGGACGGGCAGCUCCUGGCAGCCGGGCCCGCAGGGACCCCCGGGGAUUCCUGGACCGCCAGGCCCCCCUGGAAUGCCUGGGCUGCAGGGCAUGCCUGGGCACAAUGGUCUGCCGGGACAGCCAGGGAUGGCGGCGGAAGUGGAAUCCUUACCCACUGAGUGGAGGCUCCUCAAGACCAUCUGCGGGGACUGUGCCCAGGGCCAGACAGCUCACCCGGCGGCCCUCCUGGAGAAAGGCGAGAAGGGAGACCAGGGCAUCCCCGGCGUGCCAGGCUUUGACAACUGCGCACGGUGCUUCGCCGAGCGGGAGCGUCCAAGGGCUGAAGAGGCCCGGGGAGACAACAGUGAGGGCGAUCCGGGCUGUGCUGGGAGCCCAGGCCUGCCGGGUCCCCCGGGCCUGCCGGGACUUCGGGGACAAGAGGGUCCACCUGGCGUGAGGGGCUCCCCUGGUCCUCCAGGCCCGAUUGGCCCCCCAGGGUUUCCUGGUGCCGUUGGCUCCCCCGGACUGCCUGGUCUUCAAGGAGAGCGAGGCCUCAGGGGGCUGACGGGAGAGAAGGGCGAGCUGGGUCCUCCUGGACAGCCCGGCUAUCCAGGUGCCAUGGGCCCCCCAGGACUGCCUGGCAGCAAGGGAGAGCGCGGCUACGUUGGACCCUCAGGGGAGAAGGGGGAACAGGGCUCUCCCGGAUCCGAAGGUGUCCCGGGACCCCCAGGCCCAGCGGGUCCCCGAGGAGAGCGAGGACCACAAGGGAACUCUGGUGAAAAGGGUGAUCAGGGAUUCCAAGGGCAGCCCGGAUUCCCAGGCCCACCAGGUCCUCCUGGAUUCCCAGGCAAAGUUGGAGCACCGGGCCCACCCGGCCCCCAAGCAGAGAAGGGCAGCGAAGGGAUCCGAGGCCCCUCGGGCAUGCCUGGCUCCCCGGGGCCCCCGGGCCCUCCUGGGAUUCAGGGCCCUGCUGGCCUGGAUGGUCUGGACGGCAAGGACGGCAAGCCUGGCCUGAGGGGGGACCCCGGUCCUGCUGGCCCGCCUGGACUCAUGGGACCCCCGGGAUUCAAGGGGAAAACAGGACAUCCCGGCCUCCCUGGCCCCAAGGGUGACUGUGGAAAACCGGGUCCCCCUGGCAGCAGUGGCCGGCCUGGAGCUGAGGGUGAGCCUGGCCCUAUGGGACCUCAGGGAAGACCCGGCCCCCCUGGCCACGUGGGACCACCAGGACCACCGGGCCAGCCGGGCCCCGCCGGGAUCUCUGCCGUGGGCCCGAAAGGAGACCGGGGAGCCACCGGAGAGAGAGGUCUUUCCGGCAUCCCGGGCCAGCCUGGUCCACCCGGACACCCUGGUCCCCCGGGUGAACCUGGUGCAGAUGGUGCAGCUGGAAAAGAGGGACCCCCGGGAAAACAAGGGCUCUAUGGCCCACCUGGUCCAAAGGGUGAUCCGGGACCUUCAGGACAGAAAGGCCAAGCUGGAGAGAAGGGAAGAGCUGGCAUGCCUGGUGGGCCAGGCAAGAGUGGCUCCAUGGGGCCAGUUGGCCCUCCAGGUCCAGCAGGAGAGAGAGGCCACCCUGGAUCUCCAGGGCCUGCGGGGAGCCCUGGAUUGCCUGGGGUGCCUGGAUCCAUGGGAGACAUGGUGAAUUAUGAUGAAAUCAAAAGGUUCAUCAGACAAGAGAUCGUUAAAAUGUUUGAUGAGAGGAUGGCUUAUUACACCUCCAGGAUGCAGUUCCCCGUGGAGAUGGCGGCAGCUCCUGGGCGGCCGGGGCCCCCAGGGAAGGACGGCGCUCCAGGCCGACCAGGAGCCCCAGGGUCGCCCGGGCUCCCGGGACAGAUUGGCAGAGAAGGACGGCAGGGUUUGCCAGGGAUGAGAGGAUUUCCCGGUUCCAAAGGUGAAAAGGGGGACACUGGUAUUGGCAUUGCAGGAGAAAAUGGUCUCCCCGGCCCCCCAGGGCCUCAGGGUCCUCCAGGCUAUGGCAAGAUGGGUGCCACCGGACCCAUGGGCCAGCAAGGCAUUCCUGGCAUACCUGGUCCCCCAGGCCCCGCGGGCCAGCCAGGCAAGGCUGGCCACUGCAACCCCUCUGACUGCUUUGGAGCCAUUCCGAUGGAGCAGCAGUACCCACCCAUGAAGAGCAUGAAGGGGCCUUUUGGCUGAACUCAGCCCUACCGUCAGAUGAAGGACUCCGCUGGGACCAGGAGCUUAACUUACAGGACUCUGUCAUGGGUUGUGAAUGUUUUUUGUGUUUUAGUUUUUUAAAUGGCUGUUAAUAUUUUUUUACCAAUAAACAAACAAAACUCCCGUGAUCCCACUCCAGUGGGGUUUCUCUGGUGCUCCAGCUGCAA